AGCUCUUCGGACACCGCGGUCAGCGUCCACUUUCUUUUCCUAAUCCCCUUGUCGCUUCGUCCACCCUUUCAUUCACCUUUCGUCUCCCUUAUUGGUACGAAGGUGUCUUUUCUCGCUAUCUACAUGUGUUUCUGAGCUGUAGAAUCGGUUGGCCGCGUCUACUUCACUACAUGACUUUGUGCUAGAGCACGAGGGAUCCUUUGCGUUAACCUUUUUCUCAAACCACAUCCCGCCUCUUAUUUUCCAUCAUUAUCGCUGGAAAAGUACGCAAAAACAGUGAGUGGCGGAGAGAACAGCAGAACGAAGUGUUCUAUUUCAUUGCACUUUGGCUCCCAGAAAGAGGAGAUUUUAAACGCAUUUAUUUCUCCCUCUUUCUUGGGCUUAAGAUAGGUACUCCUCAGAGCCUUGAACAUACACAGUUCCUGAAGAUAUAAGCGAGUUCGUGAACGCAAGAAGAAAAGCUUCACCUUUCCUUUUCCCUUUUUUUUUGAGUUGUUGUGAAUUAGGGACUUUCGCCUUGGAGCAAACAGCGCACCACACAUUUACUGUAGAAGGAACACUUCGGAAGAGAGGGGAGUAAAAGAGAACGCGUCGUUGCACCGCCGUAAUGGGAGCGGGGAUGCUAAACGCUACUUCCGCGACACGUCAAAAGUUGCCGAAGCUUAAUGAGCGCAUUCGCAGGGGCAGAAGAUUCGACCUCCGCUUCCUCUGCUUAGGGCUUCUUUGUAUUUUUCUGUGUGCCUCUGCGCUACUCUACUCGCCCUUCUCGUUCCAUGCCGUUCCCGCAGCACCAUAUCACGUCCCAGAUUAUGUGUGCGCUGCGCAUCUCGCAAAUGGAAAAACCCACAGCGGCUUCAGAGCGACACCGGUGGACAGCACCGUGUUGAUGCUCUACACGCCCACUAGCAAAUCAUCGAGCUUCUGUUACAGCGACGGCAACGGCGACGCGGCCACGACGGCGGAGCGGGAGUUCCUUCGCGUGGCCGCGUCGUACGUGUCGUCGCCGUACACCAAGCCGUCGAGCCCGUACUACGACUUCUUCCGUGCGCACGACGCGACGCUGUGGACGGUGGACCGCGCAGCGCGUGUGGCGACGCCGAUGCGUCUAGACGUUGUGUACACCUACGUGAACCCCAGCGCGCCGUCGUUCGCGCGGCACCUGCGGAUGCGCAACGUCCCCUUCGAGCAGCGCCGCUACCGCGACUGGGAGGAGCUGCGGUACUCGCUGCGGUCGCUGCACGCGUUCGUGCUGAACAACGGCGCGCUGGCGCAGUACCACCGUCGCCACGCAGCGGACGUGCGGCGCCUGGGCGAGCUUGGGUACCGCGUGAACGCGAGCGAGGUGGGGGACGGCGGCGUGGUGCCGCUUGUGCGCCGUGUGUACCUUGUGGUGUCCGACGUGGACCAGGUGCCUGCGUGGCUGGAUGCUGAGAGAUUUCCCCAGCUGCGCGUGGUGACGCACCGGGACAUGUUCACCGCUGAGGAGGCGGAGUGGGUGCUGCCGACGCUGAACUCGAACGUGAUCGAAUCCGGGCUGCACCGCAUUCCUGGCGUUUCUCGCUUCUUUUUCUACAUUGCCAAUGACAUGUUUGUGGGUCGCAAGGUGUCCUUCUUUGACCUGUUCCGCCCCCUGUCGCCGCUGCGUCAGCGGCUGCACCUGUUUGACAUGGCAGCGCACACAGACGCCACCUCUAUGUCGUUCGCUGACACCGCGUUAAAUGAUGACCGUGCCGCAUUGCUGCUAGAGCCGGUUGUGCACAGCGACACGGAGGUGAUGGAGUGGGGUGAGGGCGCGAUGACGGAGGCUGAGACGUCUGCCACGUCGCACGCGCAAGAGUUGCUUGGUAACUGCCUUUUCCAGCAAUCGUAUGCUAGCUUGAGGCAGAACGCGCAGCGGAAGAAGUGGACGAAAAACUCGACUCUACAGCCGGCGUGGUCCACCACCAAGGGAUUUGCCUUACACGACCCACACUACGGCGUCACGCCGCGCGGCGCUGGUGUCGGAAGCCACUACUACUACCACCUCACUUCCACCCACUUAGACGGCGUCGAGCUCCCGUUCGGGUACGCCCACACUCCACAGCUAGUAGACCGCGAAGUGUAUAGACGGCUGAAUGAGGUGGAGCUGUUCAACCUCACCAACGCCACGCGUAAAGCUUAUGAACGCGAAAUGCAUCCUUACUCCCCUAUAGACGAGUACGCUGUCUUCUCGGUAGCCAUGGCGCGUGGUGCGGAGCGCCAUAUGUGGAACACGGUGUGGCGUAACGCUCCUGCUAUCGUCUUUAGCGAUGUCGGCGAGGAGCUGCAGUCAUGGUGGCGGACGAACGUUGCCAUGCGCUCCCGCGACGUUUUGGAAAGACUUUCCGGCCGCUUGUCGCACAAGAUUCAGUCCUCAAUGUUUGGCGCACUCUACGGCGACACGUGGGCAGCGCAGUUGCAGCGUCCCGACCUUGCCCUGGAGAUGGGGUACUGGUGGGUGCGCGACACGGUGAGCCCCGCGCCUCCUAGUCGGGAGCUGUCCUCGUUGAAGACGCUCUACGCCAUCCCCGACGUCGCGUCGGGUGAGGCGUGCCGCGUGCGGCCCACUGAGUGGUCCGCGAGGAGCGAUGACCACUACUUCAGCCUGCUGCACGACAUGCACCAUCACACGAAGCGCGAUGACACCUUUCUGUUUGAGAUGGUGGAUAGCGACGUGAAGGUGAUGCUGAUCUCUGCCCGCCUAAAGUACGAAUGGUUAAAUCGGCCCCUCUUUAUGGGGUUUAACGACAACUUUCCGAGUACCGCUGACUUCAAGGAGACAAAAUCGGUCUUUACUGUGCUGUUGAAGAUUAUCUCACACAACUGCCCCCCUGCUCCAUGGGAGCGGAGAGAGGCAGCGUGA